AUGGUUUGUGCAGCAUGCAAAUAUCAAAGAAGAAAGUGUUCUCCAAGUUGCGAUUUAGCUCCUUAUUUUCCAGCCGAUAAACCAGAAAUCUUCUACAAGGCUCAUCGUUUGUUUGGUGUUUCCAACAUGGUGAAGAUGCUAAAGAAUAUUGAUGAUGAACAUCUAAAAGAUGAAGCAAUGAAAUCAAUUAUCUUUGAGUCGGAUAUGCGUGCAAGAUUCCCUGCUACUGGAUGUCUCGGUGUUAUUCAUAUGUACGGAGGCAUGUUAAAGAAGUCUGUUGAUGAGUUAGAUCAUGUAAGAAAUCUACUAGCUUAUUGUAAACAACAUAAUCUUUCUUCUGCACCUUCUACUAGUUCUCAUUUUUCAAAUACUCCAAUUGGUGCAAAUUUGAAUACAAGUUUUAUGGAUUCAACAAAGGAAGCACAGCUGAAUGGUGACAAUGGUGGUGUUGAUCCACAGGGAAAACCUUAA